UGCGAAUCAUAUUCAUAUACAGAUGCCUAAUCUCAAAUAUUGAAUCAGUCAUGAAACUCCUUUUCUUCGCUCUUUUCUUCAAUUUUAUAGGAGUGACAUUCUGAAUUUCACAUUACCGUAAAUACAACAAUAUUAUUCGAGGAAUUUAAUAUUUUAUUUCCAAGACAAUUAAGAAGAAUUAUUCAAUUUUUACGUAACGGCUUAACAAUGAUAGUUUUUAGCGGUUCAUUGUUUGUGGCAAUAUGCGAAAAUGACGGGGAAACCGAUUGUGAUUGCGAUUAUUGCGAGGUGACGAAAAUAAUUGGACUUAAGGGAAACGAGAACACGGGUGGAAAGCUCAUUACAUCCGCCAAGAAAAAGAAAAUGAUCUGUGCUCGAGAUCGAGAUGGUCCAGAUCGAACGUUUCCGAAUAUUUGCUACAUGCAUUGUUUGAAUCAUUGUACGCUUUUCCAGACACGGAUAAUGGAGAUGAAUAGUAUUGAGAGGAAAAUUGUCGCCGCCUCCAGGUCAAGUAAGAUAUGCAAAAAUGAUUAUUACAAACUGCAUGAUGGAUCGUGCUGAAAGUGGAGGGUAUAACGUAAUGCUUUCCAAGGCAUCAAGAUGAUGGAAGUAAUUUGUUGCAUCCUGCACGAGCUUUUUUAUUUACGGACGUUACCUACCGAAAUAUACGUGAAAGACGAAUCUUUAUAUUUAUCCAGAGAGAAAAUAAUUUAUUUCGGUAAUUUAUUCGUAUUUGUCUAUCUGUUAGUUAAUGUAAAUAAGCCGCUUAACUGGAACGUCUAUUUACCCUUGUAUUUAUUAAUUAUAAGUAACGCAUUACCAUAAGUAAAGAAUAUUGCAACCAUGAA